CUCCCGUUGGCCGUGCCGCCGCAGAGCGCGGGGAUUGGUUACCGGGUGCGGAAGCCGCCGCAACCUGCCCCAUUGGUUGGCGGUGGACACAGCGCUCGUCGCGGGAGAUUUGCAGAGCGCGGGCUGGGCCGGCGCGCGCCAUGGAUCGGCUAGGAGACCUAAGAGCGCAGCUACGGGCGUGGGAGCGCGCGUUCGGGAGGCGGCACGGGCGGCGGCCGGUCCAGGCCGAUGUGGAAGAGGCGCCCGAGGAGACCCGCGCGCUCUACCAGGAGUACCGAGCCCUAAAGAGAAUUCUGGGCCAGGCUGGCGGCAGGCCCCGCAACACCGACCCGUCACUCCCCACGGAGGCCGAGGAGGCCCCGGAGUCCAACUGCUGGGGGCCCCACCUUAACCGGACUGCAGCCGGGAGUCCACAGCCUGGACCAGCGCGGAGAUGCCAAGGGCUUGUUCAGGACUACGGGGGGAGACUGAAGGCGAAUCUGAGGGGCGCCCUGCAGGCUGGGUUGGUCCUGACCUCUGUCCCCCGGCCUCCACGAAGACCCUCAUCCAGGACAACCAGCAUGAAGCCCUCAGACCCGGAACCCAUCUCGCCUUUUCUGAAUGAAGCCAGUGACGUGCAAUUGAAGCCUUCUGGACCCCAACCAAGGCCAGGCCGACUCCAGCAGCUGCAGGCAUCCCUGAGUCUGCGGCUGGGCUCCCUAGACUCAGGGUGGCUGCAGCGGUGUCAUACUGGGGCCUCAGAUUUUCUGGGGGUCCCCAAAGCCUGCAGGUCUGGCCUGGGCUCAGAGGGGUCACAAACUCUGAACUUGGGUGCAGUGGCCACCCUUGGUCCUGGCACGGGCUCUGAGGUGCUUUCUCAGGGCCCAGAAGUUCCAGGCCUACAGGCAACCCAAAGGGUUUCAAGGAGCCCCCAGCCCAGCAACAGAAAAAGCCACAAGCCAAGGUGGAGUGAAGAGCCGUGGGUGAGUGCUGCACAGGUGGAGCAGGACAGUGGCCAAGCAGAACCUCUGUGUGACAGGGGUGGGGCUGUAGCCCUUGAGGAAGACCCUGCAGGUGAACCUGCUCCGGGACAGCCACGUCCGCCCUGCAGUAGCCCCUUGGCCCUGAGGUACCGUGGCUUCAGCCAGGGCAGGGCAGUAGCCUUCUGCCCUCAGCUGAGUCAGCCAAGGCAGGGCAGCUGAGGCAUGUCCCACCUUCACAUCUCCCUCAGGCCAGCUGUUAAGAGCAAGGGCAACUACGUCCGCCUCAACAUGAAGCACAGACGCUGUACAUGGGGUCAGGCCCUGCGAGGCAGGCUGCUCCGCAGACAGGCACGAAUGCAGAAAUGGAAGAAAAAAGGGGAGUGUUUUGGGAGUGGUGGGCCUAGAGUCACAGUCACAGCUUGUUUGUCCUGUGGACAGCUUGGUCACUGGGCACAGCAGUGUCCCCAGUCAGCUGCUGAAGAGGUCAGAGAGCCUGCUGGGCCUGAGCCCUGGGUACCUCGCCUAGUCCCUGCUGUGCCACCACUCUACCUCCCAGGGCCCUCAGGGCAGAUGGCAGAGACACCACCUGAGGUCUUUCAUGCCUUGGAGGAGCUUGGACACCAAUCCUUCCGCCCUGGGCAGGAGCACACAGUCAUGCGAGUUUUGUCUGGCAUCUCCACACUGCUAGUGCUGCCCACAGGCGCCGGCAAAUCCCUGUGCUACCAGCUGCCAGCGCUGCUCUACUCCCGGCGCAGCCCCUGCCUCACACUGGUCAUCUCCCCACUCCUCUCACUCAUGGAUGAUCAGGUGUCAGGCCUGCCCCCAUGCCUAAAGGCAGCCUGCAUCCACUCGGGCAUGACCAGGAAGCAGCGGGAGUCUGUCCUGCAGAAGGUACAGGCAGCCCAGGUCCAUGUGCUAAUGCUAUCACCUGAGGCACUAAUGGGGUCAGGGGGCCCUGCCAGUCUCCUCCACGCUGCUCAACUCCCUCCAGUGGCCUUUGCCUGUGUCGAUGAGGCCCACUGCAUCUCUCAGUGGUCCCACAAUUUCCGGCCCUGCUACCUUCGCAUCUGCAAGAUUCUUCGAGAGCGCCUGGGUGUACACUGCUUCCUGGGUCUCAGUGCCACGGCCACACACAGCACUGCCCGUGAUGUGGCCCAGCACCUGGGCGUAGUGGGAGAGCUAAGCCUCUUUGGGCCAGCCCCCAUUCCUGCCAACCUGAACCUCUCUGUGUCUAUCGACAGGGACCCAGACAAGGCCCUGGUGAUGCUACUGCAGGGUAAUCGUUUUCGGCCCCUGGACUCCAUUAUUGUUUAUUGCAACCGGCGUGAAGACACGGAGCGGGUCGCUGCACUUCUCCGGACCUGUCUGUGUGCAGUUCAGGGCCUGGGCGCUGGAGGUCGUGCCCCUGAAGCUAUAGCCGAGGCUUACCAUGCUGGCCUGUGUAACCGGGAACGGCGGCGGGUGCAACAGGCCUUCAUGCAGGGCCAGUUGCGGGUGGUGGUGGCCACAGUGGCCUUUGGAAUGGGGCUGCACCGGCCAGAUGUGAGGGCUGUGGUACACCUGGGACUGCCCCCCAGCUUUGAGAACUAUGUGCAGGCUGUGGGCCGGGCUGGGCGUGAUGGGCAGCCUGCUCAUUGCCACCUCUUCCUGCAACCCCAGGGUAAGGACCUGCAGGAGUUGCGCAGACACGUAUAUGCUGACAGUACUGACUUCCUUGCUGUAAAGAAGCUGGUGCAGCGUGUGUUCCCACCCUGCACCUGUGCCCAGCUGUUCCCAGAGCAGCAGAGAGGUGUGGGUGGGGACAGGCCUGUGGCCAAGCAUCGUAGCAGCUCCCAGACAGCCCCUGGACCCAGGAGGACCUGCCCAGGCCACGAGCUGGCCCUCCCAGUGCAGCCAACAGUGCAGGCCCUAGACCUGCCAGAGGAGGCCAUUGAGACUCUGCUGUGCUACUUGGAGCUGCAUCCCCGGCACUGGUUGCAACUGCUGGCCAUCACCUAUGCGCAUUGUCAUCUGUGCUGCCCUGGGGGCCGUACCCAGCUCCAGGCCCUGGCCCGCAAGUGUCCCCCUUUGGCAGUGUGCUUGGCUCGACAGUCACCUGAGGACACAAGGCAGGGCAGCACCUCCAUGGAAUUUGAUAUGGUUGAACUGGCAGACACCAUGGGCUGGAAGCUGGCCUCUGUACAGCAGGCUUUACACCAGCUGCAAUGGGACCAAGAGUCCAGGACAGGUGUGCGGCAGGGCACAGGGGUGCUUGUGGAGUUCAGGGAGCUGGCCUUCCACCUUCGCAGCCCUGGGGACCUGACAUCUGAGGAGAGGGACCAGAUUUGUGACUUCCUGUAUGGCCGUGUGCAGACCCGGGAGAGGGAGGCUCUGACCCGUCUGCACCGAAACUUCCAGACCUUUCACAGCGUGGCCUUCCGCAGCUGUGGUCCCUGCCUGGAACAACCUAGCGAGGAGCAGAGCACCAUGCUGAAGGCCCUGCUUGGCCGCUACUUUGAGGAAGAGGCAGAAGCAGCACUAGGGCCAGAGGCUUUGGGGGACAAGCAGGACCCAGAGAAAGAACAGGCCAUGGGCACAGAGAGAUUGGAGGCACCACCCACACAGCUCCAGGACUGGGAGGACCAAAUCCGCCAUGACAUCCGCCAGCUCUUGUUCCUGCACCCAGAGGAGAAGUUCUCGGGCAGGGCUGUGGCCCGCAUCUUUCAUGGCAUCGGCAGCCCCUGCUACCCAGCCCAGGUGUAUGGGCGAGACCAUCGUUUCUGGAGAAAGUACCUGCACCUGAACUUCAAUGCCCUGAUGCGCCUGGCCACAGAGGAACUCCUGCUGGCAGGCCGCUGACUGCCUGGCACCAGCCCCCACAGGGACAUGGAGUUAAGGACCACAUGGCCACAGUGUAGGGAGUGUCAGGGGUAGCAGCCCAUCCAGUAAAGUGGGUAGUCAGUGACCAGGCUGGUGACCGUCCUGGGCAAAACCUGCCAAUAGGGGUCUGGGGACGAGGAUACUCCAAACUUCAGAAUAAAAAAUGCUCAAGUUACAAUUCCUCUCUGGAGA